GCCUGUCUGCGCUUGCACCGAGGGACCCAGAUGUACAAAACCCGUCCAGCUUCCGGGUCCCGGCACUCAGAGCUUCAUCUCUGGCCAUCUCGGUUCUCCUUGCACUUUCCUUUUUCUUUUCGUUUUUCUGUUUUUUUUGUUUGUUUGUUUGUUUUUUGUUUUGUUUUGUUUUGAGACAGAACCUCUCUGUGUGUAGCCCUAAGCGGCCUAGAACUAGCUGUGUAGACAGGCUGGGCCCCGAACUCUCAGACGGCCGGCCUCUGCCUCCUGAGCCCUGCCCACCUCACCAACUCUGCAAUCGCCACCCAAACACUCCAACCCGCCCAUUAGGGGGAGUCGAUCCAAACAGCCCCGCCCCAGGCCCCACACCUCCAUUCUCUCUGUUUUCAGGCCCUGCCCCUGAGAGGACCCCAGCCAAACCCUACCUCGCCUCCAGCACCUGUCGAAACUCUGCCUUGCUAGACUCCUUCUCUGGUUCCUUUCCCCCAGGGCCCUACCCCUCAAGACGUGCAGGAGCAGGCCCCGCCCUCGGGAUGCCCCUUAGCCCGGGCCCUGAAAGACCUGCUGCUGCAGCAGCCUUCUCGGGCCCGCCCUAGCCACGUCCCUCUUUUAUCUGAAUAUUUUUGCCCCUCGUCUUCAGCCGCGGGAGGAGCUGGGCCCGCCCCUCGGCGGCAGGCGGAGCUCCCUCCACGGCCCCCCGAGCGGCCCCUUCAGACCCCACCCCGAGCCUGGCUUCUCCCCGCCGCCUCCCCGCUUCCCCGGGGCAGUCGCCGGCCGCAGGAAACGCGUUCUCCCACGUUUUUGCCCCGCUUCUACGCCCUAGCUGGAACCUGCAGCGAGGGGUCGGUGCAGAGGCGCCCGCGGCGCCCCCGUUCUCACCCUUGGGCCCCAGCCCCGCGCCAUGGACCGCUCCUACGGAGGCCGGGUGCUGAUGGCGAUGACCCUACUGGGCAUCCCGGCCGCGGGGCUGGUCUUGCUGGCUGCACAGCUGCUGUUCCAGCUCCAAGCGGGGCGCGCCGAGCUGCGGGGGACGCGCCCCGACGGGCCAGACCCCGACGCCGGACUGCCCGGAGCGGCCGCAGGGGCGCUACUGCCGCUGACCACGGCGCUGGCCGCGCUGGCGCAGGUCCUCGGGCUUAGCUGCCUGCUGCUCGUGGCACUCUGCGGACACCUGGGCGCCGAGCUGGCCCGCGGGCCAGGGUCGGGCAGGUCGGACUGGUUCCUGUGUGGCUGCCGCCUCCUCAGGCACUUGGCCCUCGGCCUGCUCUGCUGUGGGGUCUCCAUCUACUCGGCAGCGCUGGCCAUUUACACUCUGCUGCUCUUCGAGAUCGAGGCGGGCGCAGCAGCUGCAUCCAUCCUGGCCUCAGGUGCCCUGGUCCUGGUGGCGAUAAUCACCCACACGCUGCUCCUAGCUGUUCGGGCCACUCGUCGGGGUCUCCAUGAACUGUCUCCACCAUCCUUCGAAGAUGAGCCGGCACGGCCUUCAGAAGACUCCAAAGCUGGCUGCAGAGCUCAGCCCCAGCAGGGUACCCAUUACCAGGCCUCCUAUGCUCCCUCCGGGGAGCCUGGGGACCCCCUCGGGCCCAUGGUCACUGGUAUCCCAUCCAGAGUCUGUGAGAGCAGUCUGCCUGCUUCUCACCUGCCACAGACACUUUUGGCUGGCAUGGGCCACUGGGCCGUGGUUGCUCAUGACAUGCAUAGUAUGCUGGGCCACAGGCCAGUGAACACAUUGGUGAGAGCUGGGAAUCAGGGCAACAUGACCAGAAGUUGACAUCACAGAGAUAGGUCCAGCUCAGCUUCUGUAGCCAUGGGAUUUCCUCUGAGUUUAUGAAAUCCUUUAUUUAUGUUAAAGUUGCCUCCAGCCUAUACUUCCUUGCUAAGAGGGAUAAACAAAGACCAAGAUUUCUAGAGGCCUUUGAGACCUUGAGACCUUUUGCCUGCAUCUCAUUGGCCAGGCACUGACAUAUAACCUUGAUAUAACCUUGAUAUAGGAAGGCUGAGGAAUGUAAACAAAUGAAGUUCUUUUAUAGAUGGGAGCAAAGUGUUUGGCUUAUGUUCUGACUCUCAGUGGUUUUCUAUCCAUUCUACAGAUGAGGAAACAGAGACCCCAAUAGGGGCUGUGACUCACCAAGGGUCCCAUUUCUGAGCUUCAGAGCCUGGAUUUGCACCCAGGUCCUGUGUCUGCACUCCCAUGUUCCUGGAAGAAGGUUCAAGUCUUAGACUUCAACUCCCCGACACUCCUUGAGGAGCUGUGGACAUCUGAAACUCACAUGUGUGGACCUCAGAGCAGCCCAAGGCCAGGAGCAUUCAGGGUGGCUGGAGUUUAACUGUGCUCAAGGCUGAGUGGGUCUCAUUGCUGUGUCUCAGUUUCCUUAUCUGUAACAUGGACACAGAAGAAGAGGCACAGGAAGCGGCACACAGUAGGCCCUCAACACAUAUUAGCUAUGUAUCUUAGUUGUAUUAUUGCUGUGACAAAAUAUUUGACAAAAGCCACUUAAGGAAGAAAGGGGUCUGAGUCACGGGUCCAUGCUGAACCCCCCUCCUGGUAUCAACUUUUCCUCUUAGCUGCUUUUUCUGUCCCUGAGAUAAAACACUCUGACAAAAGCCACUUAAGGGAGCCAGGGCUUAUUCUGGAUCGCAGUUCAAGGGUUGGGGACCAUCAUGGCAGGGAAAGGGUGUAAGGCACGUGACGUCCCUGGACAAGAAGCAGAGUGAUAAACACUGCCUCAGGUUGGUUCAGCCCAGGCUGCUGCCUGAAUUUAACAUGGGCUGUCCCACCUCACUCACCCACCGGGGAAUUACCACCCGACAUGCCCAGAGGCGCUCUCCAAGGUGGCACUAGAUCUGUGUUGACAAUCAAUGCUCGCCUGCUGUCGCUGGCAUGUGUGUGGAACAGGAGACGGCCACUCAGGGAAUGACUGAGGCCCAGUGGUCCACAGAGGUCUCCACCACUCUCCUGAUACUGCUGUCUCCCCAUCCCGUGCCCCAGGAUCUUUUUUUCUUUUUUUUUUUUACCAAGUUUCUAAAAUUCUCUUAAAAAAAACAAACAAACUUUUUACUGAUUCUUUGUGAAUUUCACAUCAUACGCAGCCCAAUCCCACUGGUCUGUCCCCUCUGCCCUCUGCCCUUGCAACACCACCUGUCCAAAUAAAAUAAAAUAAAAUAGAGUAACAAAAAUCUCAUCAUGGAAGUUGUAGUGUCUACACACAAUUGCUGCACCCUAGGCUCUCACCUGUCUCUUUCCUCUGGUCCUCUCUUCUCCUCUUGAGACUUGGAAUUGAGCCCUGGAAUUCUCCAAGGCUCUGUCAGGAGACUAGGGUAGCUGCCUGAAGGCCAAAGCCAAAACCCAACCCCCUGAGAGCAGAGCUGAGGAGCCAAGAUGGGUCUAUCUCUGCCUCCAUCUUGGUACUAUCCAGGCCAGGUUAGAGCCAAGCUGUCUGGCAAGAGGCACUUGAUCCGGGUGUGGCAGGAUGUGGCUGCCUCCACCAGCAGUCAUGACUAGAACCUGCCUUUUGUUUUUGUUUUUCCAGACAGGGUUUCUUUGUGUAGUCAAGACUGCCCUGAACUUUGUAGACCAGGCU